CGAGAAACGGACAGUGUCUUAUUUGCAGCGUGAGGAGCAUGAGCGAGAAGCUCAAGGCGGACGUGGUGCCGAUCGGACCCCUUGCGCUCACGAAUCUCGGCCCGGCGUCGACCAACUCGGAGGCGCGCAAGUCCACGACGAGCUCGGGCAAGUUUGCGACUUUUUCCAAGCUCGUGGUGCCCGAGCGCGCGCCGUUUCGACACGGUCUCGUGCUCGCCUUGCUCUGCACGGGCUUUGCAACGAUCGUGGCCAUCACAACGUACUACCUCAAUCAGAUUGCGAAUACGCCCAUCUUCUUUGGUACGGUCAUGGACACGUUCAGCAACAACCCGGAAGAAGUGCCCAUUGGCGCGCUCCUGCGAGGCUCGGGCGUCCUUUCUGCGGUCAGCGCAGGCAGCGCGAAUCCGCCGUCGCUCAUCGACUUGUACACGACAAGCUGCACCGAUGCUGCGUGCGCGGCGGCCUAUGCACCGACGGCGCUCUUGGCGUGGAAGAUUCUCGGCAACGCAUUUGCGCUCAUCCCCAACUUUGACCAAACCGCGUUCCAGGACCCGGCGCAAACCGUCCAAUUCUCCCACAUCAACAACCUCGCAGGGAAGAACACGCCGUUGGCGCAGUUUUACAUUGACGGCAAGUCGAUCGCGAUCACGUGCAUGAUUCGCCGCGCGAGCUUCUACCUCACGCAACAAGCCGCGUCGACCGCGGUCAACGACGCCCUCGCGUUUUGCUCGCAGCGCAAUUACGAUGCCAACUGGGGCUGCGAAAACGAAGUCGACCCGACUGUCAACACGUACGUGCUCCAGAUGAACAAGGGCGUUGCGAGCUUCAUUGGCGUCGUCAAGCGCAACCAAGUGUACAUGAACGCGGGUCGUCAAGCCGAGCUCUCGGGCGGUCUCUCGGGCGGCGUCUUUCUCCAGUCCGUGCCCGGUGUCGACGAGUACCAAGGUGGUGUCGUGCAGGCAAGUGCACCGUGGGACGUGCUUGCCGUGACCAGCUGCGCGACGCUCAACCCGAGUACCAACUCGGGUUGGUUGCUGCAGAUGCAAGGCGUCGUGACGAUGACGUGGAAGUGCGACUCGCUCAUGCUCACCAACUCGAUCGUCCUCUGGGUCAUGACGCUCUAUUUGGUGCUGCUGCAGACCAUUUUCUUGCGGCGCAGCGUCAUUUGCGUCAUGCCCGUCUACAUGUCCAAGAAUGUGGUCGGCGCCGCGAUUCUCUUUGUGGCAUUCUGGGGCAACGAGAACCUCCAAGCGCUCUCGACAUUUCUGCGCCAAAACCCCGUCGUCGGCUUCAACACGACGUUUUACGCGCUUUGCGGCGCGGCCCAAAUCGCUUCGAUCGUCGGCAUUAUGACGGGGACUGCGAUCCAGAUCUGGUUCAACCCGCUCAUUGUGACCCAGACUUGGCUCCUCCUCGCGUUCAGUCUUGUCAACUGGGUCGUCGUCUUUGUUCUCGAGGGGUUUGUGUUUCCCUAUGCGAGCUCCAACACGCCGACGACAUGCGCGCUCACGUCGUCGACCAACUGCUACACGUUCAGCGCGAUUUCCAAUACGUACUUUGUCUCGGCGAUCGUCUGCGGCUUUGUCGUGCUCUUGGCGAUCCUCACGAUUUACUACGACGCGUACCGCCGCCCCGACCCGAUUGUGAUUGCCGCAGAGAACAGCAUGCUGCAGUACCUCACGGUCUCGGACUUUUCGACGAUUGCGACGACGACGCGCGGGUGCUCGCUCGUCGACAGCAAGAGCGGCGCAACGCUCAUCGACGAAGGCGUUUUGCUCAUCAAGAACAUGCUCCACGUCUCCAACUCGAACCUCACGCGUCUCUCCAACGUGCAGUACGAAGUCAUCUUUCGGUUCAUUCCGACACGACUGCUCAAGCGCCUCUUCAGCGAGACAGUCGGCUCGAUCCUUAUUUACAAGGUCGUCGACGGCAAAAUCACGGGCGAAUUCACGCACAAGUUUCUCCACGAGAUGGAAAUCGGCUCGAUGGACAAGGUCUCGGGCUAUAUUUCGUAAACCAAAACCUUUCUUUCUAAAUACAUCAAUGCUUGUCGUUCUUGA